AUGACCCAUGAGGCUGGACACGUGGCCAGAAAUGAGAGCAAUGGCGGAGGAAGAGGAUGAAGGAGUGUGUGAGAAAACACAUCGACUAACAAUCAUCAUAAAAGUGACAGCGAGGAAAAUAUGGAAGGGAAAAGGGAAGUUUUUAUUUCAGAGUGAAAAGGGGAGGGUGGGGGAGAAAGAAUGAUCACCGAAGAGUUAAGCAAAUGGGGUUACAAAGCCAGUUGACGGUGAAAGAAAGAAAAGACGAUAAAGAUGGAAAACGAUCGAUUAUGGAGAAGAGGCCGAUUCACUUUCCAAUGUUCUUUUACGUUUGUUUGCAUUAUAAUACUGCCUCUCAGUGGCCAAGGCGGGGAUACCAGCAUCAUAAUACAUCUAGAAAAGUCCUUAUUAAAAGGACAAAGGAAAAAAUUUAUCUUUGUUUGUUGACCUUUCCGUCCAUUUAAGAUAGAAAAUUGUUUUUAAUAACAGGAACGAUUCAACCCGUACCAUUGUUUACUAAAUGAGGACGCACAGACUACAAGACCCACAAUGCACUACGCCACUUUUCUCUGACGUCAUCGCACCGGGUGGUCAACUGCGCGGCGUGUGCGCGCUUUUGGAGCAGCAAGAGUGCAACAUUGUUCCAGACGAUCACCGACAGAGGGCUGUAUAGCCUCAAGGGAACUCGGUAGGACGGAAUGUAUGCACAGGCAGUGGAAGAAGAGAGUUAGCAUGAGACUACCAGAGUGAUUAAAUAAACAACUAGCUGAAGCUAGUAUAAAGUUCAACUGAAUCCUAAAGCUAAUUUGAUCAGUGAGAAAGAUUUAAAUGCACUGACUGAGAAGCCUAAAAAAAUUCACAGAAAGAGUCACACCCCUGAAGGCUUAUAAUAAUCAGCCAAUAAAGACAAAAGGUGGAUGCAGACUUAAAAUAAUGGCAAAAGGCAAACAGCAUAACCUGUUAUUCACCAUUGUGCCAAAUGGACACGAGUCUCUUUUAGGAGACAAAGCCUCUGAGGAUCUAGGUCUAGUAAAGAGGAUCUAUCAGAUUAAUACUGACAACAUUAAAGUAGUCAUGCAAGACAAAGGACAGGAACAAAAACAGUGUGAGGGAAGUGCAAACAUAGUGGAGAAGUUUUCUUCUGUCUUCAAAGGACAUGGGACUUUACCUUACACUUACAAAAUACAACUCAAAGAUGAUGCCAAGCCUGUUGUGCACGCCCCAAGGAGAGUGCCAGCACCACUCAGAGCUGGCUUGAAAAAAGAACUUGAAAGAAUGACUCAAAUGGCGGUCAUUGAGCGAGUGGAAGAACCCACAGAUUGGGUCAACUCAAUCACGUGUGUCAAAAAGAAGAACACAGGUGCCUUAAGAGUUUGCCUUGAUCCCGAAGAUUUAAACGAAAACAUAAAGAGAGAGCAUUAUCAGAUCCCAAAACGGGAAGAGAUCCUUAGUGAAAUGACUGGUGCUAAGUUUUUUUAGUAAACUAGAUGCCUCUCACGGAUUCUGGCAACUGAGGCUUGACCCGGAAAGCAGCAAGUACACCACCUUUAACACACCAUUUGGACGUUACUGUUUCUUAAGACUCCCAUUUGGCAUUAAAUCAGCGCCAGAGAUCUUCCACAGAGCAAUGGAGUCCAUGAUAGAGGGUCUGGACGGCACCAGAGUCUACAUAGAUGACUUGGUCGUCUGGGGGAAAACACAACAACAACAUGAUGAAAGACUGGAGAAACUCUUUCAGAGAGUCAAAAAGCAUGGACUAAAACUGAAUAGAGACAAGUGUCUCUUUGGUGUCAAAGAGAUGACUUUUUUGGGAGACAAAGUCACAAGUGAAGGUGUGGAACCUGACCAGUCAAAAGUGCAAGCCAUAUUGGAUAUGCCUGCCCCCACUGACAAAAAAGGUGUCCUGAGAGCCAUGGGGAUGAUCAACUUCCUGGGCAAGUUCAUCCCUAAUCUUACCUCUAAGACGGCAUGCCUCAGGGAGUUACUAGAGCACAACACAGUAUUUGAAUGGACUCAUCGACAUGAGAGGGAGUGGAAAAAAUUAAAGGAAACUGUAACUACAGAGCCAGUCCUCCCAUUCUUUGACCCAUCAAAACCCACAAAGAUCUCCACUGAUGCCUCAAAGGAUGGUUUGGGAGCAGCACUGCUACAAAUGAAUGAGGACAAAUGGCAACCUGUAGCAUAUGCGUCUAGAUCAAUGACAGAGACCGAGCAGCGAAAGAGACUUUGGGGUUAGUGUUUGGAUGUGGAAAGUUUCACACUUAUGUGUAUGGACUGCCAACCUUUACAGUAGAGACCGACCACAAACCGCUCAUCACAAUCAGAAAAAAGAACCUUAACGACAUGUCACCCAGAAUUCAGCGCAUGAUGAUGGCAUUGCAGCGCUACGACUUUGAGCUUAUUUACACACCUGGAAAAUAUAUUGUACUGGCAGAUGCUUUAUCUCGAGCACCGGCACCAAACAGUGGCAUGCUGGUCACCCCGGUGACUGAUGAGUCGGAAACACACAUAAACAUGGUGACUGCUUCACUCCCAACAUCAGAUGGUAUGCUACAGAAAAUUGUUCAGGAGACAGCAAAAGAUCCUCUGCUGCAGAAAGUUUCACACCAUCUACAGAAUGGAUGGUCGAGAGGAGUCUGCCCAGGGUUUUACCUACUUGUGUGUGGCGGAUGGGCUGCUACUGCGACAAAACAGGAUUGUCAUUCCGCAAUCCAUGCGCCAGGACAUGCUUCAGCGUAUACAUGAAGGACAUCUGGGCGUGGAGAAAUGCAAAAGGAGAGCAAGAGGAGCAGUUUAUUGGCCGGGCAUCAACAAAGACAUUGAGGAGAUGAUACAGCAGUGCGAAACGUGUCUCAAACAUCAUUACAAACAAACAAAAGAGCCGAUGCUAAUCGUAGACCCACCCACUGCACCAUGGCAAAAAGUGGGAACAGAUUUGUUUCAUCUGCAUGGCAAGGACUAUCUUCUGGUGAUAGACUAUUAUUCUAACUAUCCAGAAGUUGCACAAUUAUCCAGUACAUCAGCACAGUCUGUCAUCACACACAUGAAAGGGUUUUUUGCCAGACAUGGAAUCCCGCGAUGUGUUGUCAGUGACAAUGGUCCACAAUAUGACUGUGGGGAAUUCAGUGAGUUUGCACAGGUAUAUGGAUUUCAACAUGUCACCUCUAGCCCGUUGUAUCCACAGGCUAAUGGACAAGCUGGAAAAGGGGUGCAGAUUGUAAAGAGACUGUUGAAAAAAGCAAAAGACUGUAAAGCUGACCCUUACCUGGCUUUGCUAAGCUACAGGUCUGCAGCUCUGGAGUGUGGUGCAUCACCUGCUGAGCUACUCAUGCAUCGCAAGCUGCGCACCACACUUCCACACAUUUCAAGACACAAUGAUAACAGAGACACAGAUGGACUGACUGACAAACGAAUGAGACUCAAGUACAGACAGAAAAUGAACGAUGAUAAAACCGCAACACAACUGGAACCUCUUCAGGAAAGGGAUGUUGUGAGGAUUGAGGGUCCUGAGUCCUGGGACAGAAAAGCCAGAGUCCCCAGUGAAGUAGGUCCCAGGUCUUUUGUGGUCGAGACAGAGAAUGGACAGGUAUUAAGGAGAAACAGAAGGAGUCUGUUAAAGACUCGGGACAUUGAGAAUCGAGCUGAGGAGGUUGGAGCUGAACAGCCAGAAGGUGCUACUCCAGAUGUGCACCACAGUGAGCCUCCUUCACCUCCCUCAAUGACCGUGACACUCAGAAGGUCUACUAGACCUAGAAAGCCCCCUGGGAGGCUCAUAGAACAAGAGUGAACUGUUCAACUAAUAUAAAGUGAAAGAAAGUUGUUGGCACUAGGCACUGUUACAUUAAGAAAAAAAAAAAAAAAGGUUCAUACUUAUGCUGUAUUUGGUAUGUUAAAUGUGUUAUUGACUUUUACAGUUGUGUAAAUGUGAAGAACAAUUCAGUGUUUGAUAUUCAUUGGAUUUGAUCCAUAAAAGUUAAUGGUAUGUUGUCAUCAUAUCGAGUAUAUGGGUUAAACGACAUUUUGUGUUACACGAUAUGUUCAUGUUGUGUUUGCCUGUUUGGAAGGGGGAUGUAAUGAUAUGUGAUUGCAGACGAUCACCCACAGAGGGCUGUAUAGCCUCAAGGGAACUCUGUAUGACGGAAUGUAUGUACAGGGAGUAGAAGAAGAAUGUUAGCAGGAGACUACGUGAGUGAUUAAAAUAAACAACUAGCUGAAGCUAGUAUAAAGUUCAACUGAAGCCUUAUUUAAGGAGCAUAAGAACUUUACAUGGACAACAAGUCAAAUGAGCAGGAAACGCUUGAAUGAUCCUGAAACAUGGAUUCCCUCCCUCUGCUAAUCAAAAGCUGCUUUGUACUUGUUCCACAAGGUCCGGCCUCUCUCGCUCGGCUGUGAGUGGUCGCUUUUCCCUCCGACUUCUUCAAUGCAGGCCCACUACAUUGGUGUCAUCGAAUUGGUAGAGAGAGCGAGAGCAACUUGGCUGCAAUUCUGCUGCCCAAUGCGUCCAUAUGACUUUGUUGCCAAGUUUAUUGACUUUUUGGACCGGAAUUCCAUCUAUUGAGUGAAAGAGCUGUAGUGGAUGCUGUUCGCUCUGGUUUCAUUCCGUCGAGCUGCAGCGCCGCGACCAUGAUGACGGACGGUGUUCACACAGCGACGGUCUUUACUCGUCCGAAAAGAGUGAGAUACGGCACAAAAAUGAACGGAAUUGCAACAUUAGUAUUUGCUCGAGCACAGAUUUACAUCAGUUCCACAAGCACCUCGUGCCAUGACAAAUGUCCAUUUCGCAAGGGAGAAGCAACGAGAGAAAUACGUAUACGUCACAUCUUCUGAUUCACCGACGCCACAAGUCGGACUGUAAAUCCCAACACGGAUAGGAAGUCAAUAUUGUGCACGUGUGAUCACUUGAUGCUCCGGCUGAUGAAGCUUCAGAAUUAUUGGCAGGAGGAGAGAAGAACACCUCUGAUGUUGACGGGCGAUGCAUGGAAAAUGCGAAGAUACCUAAGAGCGAUUGCUCCCCGAGGAGUACAUGCCACUCCGAGGGGAGCGCAAUUCUCUGGAGAUAUUUUAUAGUCUGAGUGAGCGAGCGAGAGAGCGAGCGAGUGAGCCUUUUUUUCUGCUGCCACUCAGCAGUAAAAUGACUGCUCCAACAGUGGGUCCCUUUGCAAUGAUUUUCUCUGGGUUCUGCGUAUUGUUUGGCCAUAGAAGUUUAUUGACACAAGUGACCGUUACAUGUGGGAAGUGGGUAUAUCAAAUCUGCACACCCUGGUUUCAAUGGCAGACUUUGUAAUGAAAUGAGCAUAUGAAAUGAACCCCUACACCUUAUCCAGCCAUUAUCUGUACUCAAAUGUAAUGACUUAAGUGACAUGAUUGGUCCCCAGUUUUGCUAGGUUGCCAUGGUUUCUGUUCGCGUCGCCCCUCCCCUCCUGUGUUCCCUCAAUCAGUGUGAUCAUUCUCACCUGCCUCUCAUUUCCAGUCUUGUAUUUAAGUCCUGUCUCUGUGUCACUCCCCUGUCGGUUCAUUGCUAAUGUCACCCGGUCCCUUUGUCUCACAUCUCGGUCAGCUUCUGUUGUUGGUUUGGUUGCAAGUCAUGUCUGUUUACCGAGUCUGUAAGUUCCUGCAAUAAACCCUUUUCCAAGCUGCA